GCCGGCCGUGGCCGCCAGGCUGUGUCCGGGGCCGCGUGAGGUAGCUCUGCGGGACGAAGGGACUGGCAGGUCGACCGCGGGCAGCGCACGCGCGCCCCCAGCCGGGGCUUGUCCGGGGGUCGCGGGGCGCAGGCGCGGCGGCGGGCGGCGGGCGACGGGCGGGGGGUCCUCCCCACGGGCGCGCGGUCGCCUUUGUUCCAGGCGCGCGGGCCGAGGCGGGGCCUGCAGGGCCGCCCCGCCCCCCCGCUCAGGCCCCGCCCCGUCUCCGCCCGCAGGAGCCGCCGCCGGGGUCUGCUCGCCCGCCGCCUCCGCCGCCAACAGCUCGCUCCCGGCGGGCCUGCGCCGCGGCAGCCUGUACCGCCCCCAGCGCCGGAGCCAUGGCGGGCGCCGCGUCCCCCUGCGCCAACGGCUGCGGGCCCGGCGCGCCCUCGGACGCCGAGGUGCUGCACCUCUGCCGCAGCCUCGAGGUGGGCACCGUCAUGACUUUGUUCUACUCCAAGAAGUCGCAGCGGCCCGAGCGGAAGACCUUCCAGGUCAAGCUGGAGACGCGGCAGAUCACGUGGAGCCGUGGCGCCGACAAGAUCGAGGGGGCCAUUGACAUUCGAGAAAUCAAGGAGAUCCGCCCGGGGAAGACCUCACGGGACUUCGAUCGCUACCAAGAGGAUCCUGCUUUUCGACCGGACCAGUCACACUGCUUUGUCAUCCUGUACGGAAUGGAAUUCCGCCUGAAGACCCUGAGCCUGCAAGCUACGUCUGAGGAUGAAGUGAACAUGUGGAUCAAGGGCCUGACUUGGCUGAUGGAGGAUACGUUGCAGGCAGCCACACCCUUGCAGAUUGAGAGGUGGCUGCGGAAGCAGUUCUACUCAGUGGACCGGAAUCGUGAGGAUCGUAUAUCAGCCAAGGACCUGAAGAACAUGCUGUCCCAGGUCAACUAUCGGGUCCCCAACAUGCGCUUCCUCCGAGAGCGGCUGACGGACCUGGAGCAGCGCACCAGUGACAUCACCUACGGGCAGUUUGCUCAGCUGUACCGCAGCCUUAUGUACAGCGCCCAGAAGACGAUGGACCUCCCCUUCCUGGAAGCCAGUGCCCUGAGGGCAGGGGAGCGGCCGGAGCUCUGCCGGGUGUCCCUUCCUGAGUUCCAGCAGUUCCUCCUCGAGUACCAGGGGGAGCUAUGGGCUGUCGACCGGCUCCAGGUGCAGGAGUUCAUGCUCAGCUUCCUCCGAGACCCCUUGCGAGAGAUCGAGGAGCCUUACUUCUUCCUGGAUGAGUUCGUCACCUUCCUGUUCUCCAAGGAGAACAGCAUAUGGAAUUCGCAGCUGGACGCCGUGUGCCCCGACACCAUGAACAACCCCCUCUCCCACUACUGGAUCUCCUCCUCGCACAACACGUACCUGACCGGGGACCAGUUUUCCAGCGAGUCCUCCCUGGAAGCCUACGCCCGCUGUCUGCGGAUGGGCUGCCGCUGCAUCGAGUUGGACUGCUGGGACGGUCCAGACGGGAUGCCAGUCAUUUACCACGGACACACCCUGACCACCAAGAUCAAGUUCUCAGACGUCCUGCACACCAUCAAGGAGCACGCCUUUGUGGCCUCAGAGUACCCGGUCAUCUUGUCCAUCGAGGACCAUUGCAGCAUCGCCCAGCAGAGGAACAUGGCCCAGUACUUCAAGAAGGUGCUCGGGGACACACUCCUCACCAAGCCCGUGGACAUUGCUGCUGAUGGGCUCCCCUCACCCAGCCAGCUCAAGAGGAAGAUCCUCAUCAAGCACAAGAAGCUGGCUGAGGGCAGUGCCUAUGAAGAGGUGCCUACAUCCGUGAUGUACUCUGAGAACGACAUCAGCAACUCCAUCAAGAAUGGCAUUCUCUACCUGGAGGACCCUGUGAAUCACGAGUGGUAUCCCCACUACUUUGUUCUGACCAGUAGCAAGAUCUACUACUCUGAGGAGACCAGCAGUGACCAGGGCAACGAGGACGAGGAGGAGCCCAAGGAGGCCAGUGGCAGCACAGAGCUGCACUCCAAUGAGAAGUGGUUUCACGGGAAGCUCGGGGCGGGACGGGACGGGCGGCACAUCGCCGAGCGCCUGCUCACAGAGUACUGCAUCGAGACCGGGGCCCCCGACGGCUCCUUCCUCGUGCGCGAGAGCGAGACUUUCGUGGGCGACUACACCCUCUCCUUCUGGCGGAAUGGCAAAGUCCAGCACUGCCGGAUCCACUCCCGGCAGGACGCAGGGACCCCCAAGUUCUUCCUGACUGACAACCUCGUCUUCGACUCACUCUAUGACCUCAUCACACACUACCAGCAGGUGCCCCUGCGCUGCAACGAAUUUGAGAUGCGCCUCUCAGAGCCCGUCCCGCAGACCAACGCCCACGAGAGCAAAGAGUGGUACCACGCGAGCCUGACCAGAGCACAGGCCGAGCACAUGCUGAUGCGCGUCCCCCGGGACGGGGCCUUCCUGGUGCGGAAACGGAAUGAGCCCAACUCCUACGCCAUCUCCUUCCGCGCUGAGGGCAAGAUCAAGCACUGCCGCGUCCAGCAGGAGGGCCAGACCGUGAUGCUGGGCAACUCAGAGUUUGACAGCCUCGUGGACCUCGUCAGCUACUACGAGAAGCAUCCCCUGUACCGCAAGAUGAAGCUACGCUAUCCCAUCAACGAGGAGGCGCUGGAGAAGAUCGGCACGGCGGAGCCCGACUAUGGGGCCCUGUAUGAGGGCCGCAACCCCGGCUUCUACGUGGAGGCGAACCCCAUGCCGACUUUCAAGUGCGCCGUCAAAGCUCUCUUCGACUACAAGGCCCAGAGAGAGGACGAGCUGACUUUCACCAAGAGCGCCAUCAUCCAGAACGUGGAGAAGCAGGAAGGAGGCUGGUGGCGUGGUGACUAUGGUGGGAAGAAGCAGCUGUGGUUCCCGUCGAACUACGUGGAAGAGAUGGUUAGCCCUGCGGCCCUGGAACCUGAGAGGGAGCACUUGGACGAGAACAGCCCCCUGGGGGACUUGCUGCGGGGGGUCUUGGAUGUGCCGGCUUGUCAGAUAGCCAUCCGUCCUGAGGGCAAGAACAACCGGCUCUUCGUCUUCUCCAUCAGCAUGGCGUCGGUGGCACACUGGUCCCUAGAUGUGGCUGCCGACUCACAGGAGGAGCUGCAGGACUGGGUGAAAAAGAUCCGGGAAGUGGCCCAGACCGCGGAUGCCAGGCUCACUGAGGGGAAGAUGAUGGAGCGGAGAAAGAAGAUCGCCCUGGAGCUCUCCGAGCUCGUCGUCUACUGCCGGCCUGUUCCCUUCGACGAAGAGAAGAUCGGCACAGAACGCGCCUGCUAUCGGGACAUGUCGUCCUUCCCGGAAACCAAGGCUGAGAAGUACGUGAACAAGGCCAAAGGCAAGAAGUUCCUCCAGUACAACCGGCUGCAGCUCUCCCGCAUCUACCCCAAGGGCCAGCGGCUGGACUCCUCCAAUUACGACCCCUUGCCCAUGUGGAUCUGUGGCAGUCAGCUGGUAGCCCUCAACUUCCAAACCCCAGACAAGCCUAUGCAGAUGAACCAGGCCCUCUUCCUGGCCGGCGGGCACUGUGGCUACGUGCUGCAGCCGAGCAUCAUGCGCGACGAGGCCUUCGACCCCUUUGACAAGAGCAGUCUCCGCGGGCUGGAGCCGUGUGCCAUCUGCAUCGAGGUGCUGGGGGCCCGGCAUCUGCCGAAGAAUGGCCGAGGCAUCGUGUGUCCUUUCGUGGAGAUUGAGGUGGCCGGUGCUGAGUAUGACAGCACCAAGCAGAAGACGGAGUUUGUGGUGGACAAUGGACUGAAUCCCAUGUGGCCAGCCAAGCCCUUCCACUUCCAGAUCAGUAACCCCGAAUUCGCCUUCCUGCGCUUUGUGGUGUAUGAGGAAGACAUGUUUAGUGACCAGAACUUCCUGGCUCAGGCUACCUUCCCGGUGAAGGGCCUGAAGACAGGAUACAGAGCGGUGCCUUUGAAGAACAACUAUAGUGAGGACCUGGAGUUGGCCUCCCUGCUCGUCAAGGUCGACGUUUUCCCUGCCAAGGAGAACGGCGACCUCAGUCCCUUUGGGGGUGCAUCCCUGCGGGAGCGGGGCUGCGACGCCUCGGGCCAGCUGUUUCACGGCCGGGCCCGGGAAGGCUCCUUCGAAGCUCGCUACCAGCAGCCAUUUGAGGACUUCCGCAUCUCCCAGGAGCAUCUCGCUGACCAUUUUGACAGUCGAGAACGAAGGGCCCCGCGAAGGACUCGGGUCAAUGGAGACAACCGCCUCUAGCUGUGCCCCAGCCUCGUUGAGAGCAGCGGGUGCUGUGCACCUCACGGAGGGCCGUGGACUGGGUUCCUGGGAAGCUGCCUACGUGGCAGCCUUCCUGGCCUUGCGGCCUGGAGGCUGGAUUCCAGCAGUGGACGCUAGAUGGAAAGCAUGCCGUUAAUGAAAUGUAUCACUCGCUAUUUGGGGCCUCCACGCCCCAGCUCUGGGUGAAGGCAAAAACUGUACUGUCUCUCGCAUUUAAGCGUCUCGCAUUUAAGCACACACAUCUGGCCCUGCCUUCUGGAGAUGGAGCCUCCUUCCAUCUGUGGGACCAGGACCACGGCCGCAGCCUCUCAGAGAGAGAGGCUGCCUCAGCCGGCGGCACGGGAGGCUCUGAGGGGCCACUGACAUUCCUGAGAGGAGGGGAGGAGCAGCAGCUUUGCUGGGCUAGGGCGACGAAGUUUACAUAGUCCUGCAGCUUUAAAACCACAGCCGGGCAGGGAGGGAGGGUAGGUGUUCCCGCAGUUCGGCCCUGGAGCCAGGGCCAAGGAGCACAGGGCCUGCCUGGAGAGGAGGACGCAGCACAAGGGCACAUUGCCCACGACCAGGAGCACCACCCAGCCUGACAGACGCGGGG